CUUUAUUUAGAAAUCACAGGACUUUACAAAAAAAAUUUUAAAAUAGAUGAAUUUUUGACACUCUCUAAAAAUAGAUAAGUGGGGACACCCAUCCAAUUAGAUCUCAAAAAAUAAAUAAAACGGAGUAAAUAUUAUAUUGUCUCUCUCUAUCUCCCUCUCCCCACUACUCCUAUAAAUAAGCAAUUCCCAACCGCCAAACACACAAUAAACUUGCACUCAACAAAACUAACUUUGAAAAAAACAUAUAUGGCCUCACCAACACUCUUUCUAACUUCCUCCCUUCUCCUCCUCCUCCUCCUCCAUGUCUCCCUCCCUCUUUCCCCCGCGAGAGCGGCGGCCGAAGAGAACGACGACGGUCUCCCGACAUCCACCGAUCCUCGCCUCCCGAUCAGCCGGGCAGAGAAGUUGAUCAGGCAACUCAAUCUCUUUCCCGGCCGCCGGGUCAACCGUGGUCAACCCAGAGCGUUUCCCGACAACGGCCAGAGCCUCGUCGAGAAACGCUUCAAGCUUGACUACUUGGGUGAGUCCGGGUCUUCAGUCAAAGACCUGGGCCACCAUGCCGGUUAUUUCAAACUCCAACACACCAAAAACGCCAGCAUGUUCUACUUCUUCUUCGAAUCGAGAGGCCGGAAUAGCGACCCGGUGGUGAUAUGGCUGACCGGAGGGCCGGGAUGCAGCAGUGAGUUGGCUUUGUUCUAUGAGAAUGGACCUUUUCAAAUUGCAAGCAAUUUGUCUCUUGCGUGGAACAAUUAUGGUUGGGACAAGGUUUCGAACCUUAUCUAUGUUGAUCAACCGACCGGAACUGGUUUCAGCUAUAGUUCGGAUGAGGGUGACCUUCGCCACGACGAAAAUGGCGUCAGCAAUGAUCUCUACGAUUUUUUGCAGGCCUUCUUCAAGCAACACCCCGAAUACGCCAAAAACGACUUCUUCAUCACAGGAGAAUCAUACGCGGGGCAUUACAUUCCGGCAUUCGCUUCUCGGGUCCAUCAAGGAAACAAAAACAAGGACGGAACUUAUAUAAACCUCAAGGGAUUUGCCAUUGGAAAUGGACUCACAGACCCAUCAAUCCAAUACCCAGCCUACACCGACUAUGCCUUGGAAAACAAACUGAUCAACCAGGUUGAGCAUGAAAGAAUAAACAAGGCUGUUCCGGGCUGCAAAGAAGCGAUUCAGCGUUGUGGAGCUGGCGGUGAAGAUGCUUGCAUGGACGCUUAUGAGAAAUGCACAACCAUCUUCGAAGAUAUACUGAGAAAUGUGAACAAUAUAAAUUACUAUGAUAUCCGGAAGAAGUGCGAAGGAAGCCUCUGCUAUGACUUCUCAAACAUGGAAAAGUUCCUCGAAGAGAAAGAAGUUAGAACAGCUCUGGGUGUCGGCGACAUUGAUUUCGUAUCAUGCAGUUCCAUUGUGUACAACGCGAUGAUCAAUGAUUGGAUGAGAAAUCUUGAAGUCGGCAUUCCUCCCCUCCUUGAAGAUGGAAUCAAUUUGCUGAUAUACGCCGGGGAAUACGAUCUUAUCUGCAACUGGCUCGGAAACUCAAGAUGGGUUCAUGCCAUGGAAUGGUCUGGGCAGAAAGCCUUCCAAACAGCUCCCAACAUUACAUUUACUGUGGAGGGUGAGGUGAAAGGGACACAAAAGAACAGUGGACCAUUGACUUUCCUUAAAGUCAAAGAUGCUGGCCAUAUGGUUCCAAUGGAUCAACCUAAGGCAGCAUUAGAAAUGCUUCAGAGGUGGAUGCAAGGCAAACUUACUUCAACAGAAAAAGGGCAUCUUGCUCCCAUGUAAAUUACCAUAACCAUAAAGGACCAUAGCAAUGUAGCAUACUAAAUAUACUUUCUGAUGUACCCCUCAUCCCCACCCAAGAAGAAAAAAAAGAUGCCAAAAUGUUUCUGUUUCACACAGCUUCCAAGAAGAAACAAAAGUUCAAUUUAUUGGUGUUUUAUGUACAUGAAAUAAAAAUAUCAGGUUAUAUUCAAAAUUUGACACCAAAAUGAUUCCUUUAAUGCUCUGGAAUGGGUGCCUAUAUAGACCUUGUCCCUUUUUUGAGGAAAAGUGAUGAAACUAUUCACUACUAAUAAUAUUAAGUACAAAGG